AUGAAAUAAUAGAAUUUGUUUACGUGUUAAGAUAUUGCACAUGAAGGAGAAGUUAUAUAAGGAUUUUGUUUAAAUUUGGAAUGCUAAGAUUCAAAAUCUUAGUUUUGUCUUUAAUGUGGAUUAGAUCCUAAAAAACAUACUAAUUGUAAGAAAGAUCUAAAAGGAUUUGGUUUAAUUUAGAGUUUUAUCACUAAAUUCAAUUAGUAUAUACUUGAUUUGACUAUCUAAUUAAAUUAAUCUUAUUCAUCAAUCAAAACAAAAUAUGAAGAAUUCAUAAAAUAAUUGGAUAAUAUGAAAAAAUAAUUACUUAAGAUAUCUGAUGAUUUAAAUUAAUAAGAUUAUAAAUAAAUCAAAGAUAAUUUGUAAAUGAUAAAGGAAUGGUAUUAAUAUUCAAACAAUCAAGAAGAGAUCAUGAAGUAGAAUUAAAUUGGUAUUUUUUGAUUAAUAAUAUUUAAAGGAACUUAAUUACUUAGUAUAAAAAAAAUGAUUCAAACUUUAGAUUUUGACAAUAAAUAAUAAUAAUAAUAAUAAAUUAAAAGUAUAUAUCAAGAUAAUCAAAUAACACUUGAAUAAGGUAUUUAAUUUAUUCAAAAUUAUAUUAGGAAUAGAAUUACUAAAUUAACAAAAAUGGUAGGAAGCUAAUCAAAAAAUAAAUGAAUAUUUAAAAUUACUAGAGAAACAAUCAUCAUUUGCAACAUUUUUUUAAGGUAAUUACAAAUUAUAUAUAUAAUUAAUUAAGGUAUUUCUUUAAUUGAAAUGAAUCAAAAUGGAAAAGGAAUUAUAAUGAGAGAAUAAGCCAAGAAGAUUAAUAAUAACUUAUAUAAAGAUAUAUUGGAUUAUUCAGAUUUGGAACUUAAGAAAAAUCCAAAAAAUAAAUUUAUUUUAAUUGCAAAAAGUUAAUAUAUUUAAUUAUUUUUAUAGGCUAUGCAUUAGAUGAUGAAAAGAAAUAUCAAUUAGCCAUUGAGUAAUGCGAAAGGGUUUUAAUAGAAGAACCUAAACAUCUUCAUGCAUUGUAUAGAAAAAGUAAACAUUUAUUUAUUAAUAGGUUUUACUUUAUACAAUUUGAAGGAAAACUCAUAAGCGAUGUAAUGUAUUGAUAUAGCUUUAAAUUAUGAUUCUAAAUAUAUUGUUGGAUAUAACAUAAAGGGUAAUUUAUUAGAUUAUGAUUGUAAUAGGUAAUUCAUUAAAUAAUCUUGGGAAAUAUAAUGAUGCUAUAGUUUGUUUUGACAAGGCAAUCCAACUGGAUCCUAAUUUUGCAUUGGCUUAUUAUAAUAAGGGUUAAUUAUUUUUUAUUUUAUAGGUGCUUUACUAUCUCAAUUGAAAAAGUAUUAAUAAGCUAUCGAGAAUUACUAGCAAGCACUUGUUUAUUGCAAAGAAGACCAAAAUGAAUUUAAUAAAUUAAUUAUGGAAUUAAGAUUUAAGAAAUGA